AUUACUCAUGUGUUAGGCGUUCAGUGCACGUGGGAUGCAUACAAAAUCUUUUGACUGAAAUGCUUUGGAGUCCAAGUGAGGUGCUUUCAUUUCUUAAAGAUGACUCGGAAAUUCAGGCUACAGAUAUUCAUAAAGUCCAAAACAAGUUAAGUCCCACAGCAGCAUUUGGUGCUUUUCAGACAUGGCCAAGUCCAAAGGAAGACUUUAUUCUUAUUGCUGAGAAUUCCGAGAUUCAUGGGCCUAAUCCUUUGUUUACUAUUCCUCAACAACAGUUUUCUGAAAAAGAUCUAAAUGCUCUUGCCACUCAGAUUUUAUCAGCAGAUUAUCAAGGAUUAAGCAAUAACAAGAUAUUACCUGGAAAAAAUGCUCAGUUGUUGAUGCCGGAUUUAGCUUCUGAUGUUCAUGCAGCUAUUACUUAUUUCUUUCUGUUUGAUUCUGAAGCUCGAGGGUUUAUACGACCAACAUGUUUGGCUUAUUUUACAUCUGACAAAUACAAGCUUAUCAAGUCAGCUGAAUCCAUUUUGAAAAGACUGAGUGAAGCAUCAUCAAUUUUACAACACAGUAACAUUCAGCAUUGCCUAGAAGAUUUAAAGUCUUUAAAGGAAAAUGUUAAACGCUCUGAGAAAAUUGCUGCUGAUUCAAGUAAAGUGGAUGGUUCUGCACCAGAGAAAGCACAGUUUCAAGAUAUCAUGACAGAAUCGGUGUUAAAGGAGAUUCAAGAUAUUAUAGAAGUUGUAGAAAGCUAUGAGGGAAAUGAAAUUAUUGAUAGCAGAAUUGGUGACAUUCUUGACCAUCUGAAAAUGUUUACUGUAUCAGAAAAAAUAAGAAAUUUUGUUAAUAACCUUUCAUCACCUGUUGCUGAAAAAUCUAGACACAUGGAAAGGGCAUACCAGCCUAAAAAUAAAAAAUCAAUGAAAAAUUUAUAUCACACAUGUUUUGGUGGAUUAGUGCUUGGAUUGUAUCACUUGUAUAUCAUGCAUAAAUAUUUCUGCAGAAAAUAUGAAAAUAUUGCUUUGGCUGAAUAUUCUGCAGAACUUCAAAUUAACAAUGACGUACUCCACUUUGGAGCUUGCAUUAAACAAAUAGUCAGCUGUGGUAAUUAUUCUCGAAGCAGAUGUAAAUUAAAUUUAGAUUUAGCUCCCAGAACAUUUUUUUUAGAAGAGGACAGCUAUUUAGAGAACUUGGACAGCAAAUUUGAAAGCAUUCUUUUGAGUUUUUUAAAUUGGGGCAAUGGUAUACCUGAAUCAUUAGAACAAAGUAAUAGCCUUUCUUCUUCCUGUAUUUUAAAUGCUUCCAUUGGUGAAGAAAGUAGUUCAUCUAAUAGUAGUGGUUAUUUAAGUAAUGAAUAUUCGACUGAUGAAGAAACUAUUACAGAAAAUCAAUGCAGACAUGUCAUCAGCCUAGAUGCAAUAUGGGAUGUUUUAAGUAGCCUAAAGGAAAAAAAUCCAGGUGUUGAAGAAGCAUUUUUGGAAAUUUUAAAACUUUUUGAUGACACUGAGAAGUUUAUGUUUUCAGUCCUCACACGAACUCCUAUUGUUAUAAUUUCAACUCCUCAGGAAUUAGCCACUGCCCAAAAUUUUAUUAAAGCUUUAAGUGUUUUUAUACCUAGAAGAAAAGACGAAAUAUUAUUUGUGGAUAUUGAUAGAAAAGAACCUUUAAAAGCAGAGCAUUUUAGUAAUAUAGCUGCUGUAAAUAUAUGCCUUCAUAAUCAUCAUAAUGUUGAGGAUCUGCUUCCACUAGAGACUUUGCCUUCCUUAUGCAUUUUAAACUUGAAAGACUGCUCCUUCACUGCACCUUCAUAUAAUGGACGCAUUCUUUCCAAUAUAGAUCAAAGAAUAAGGAUACUUCCUUUAGAUGGGCCUGUUUUUAGCAUCAUUGUUGGUGUCUUGUCAGAAGUUGAGAGGAUUGUAAUGUGGUGGCAAGCAGUAACUUCAACUCCUUAUUAUACCUCAGCUAUAACAGAUCAUGUUCUGUCCAAAGAUUUUACUCGAUUAGAUAUGAUGAUAAUAGAGAAACUAUUUACGCUGGUCAAAAGAUGAUACUUCAGUUGUAUCAUGUAUUUCAUCAUCAAUAUGUUUGUUAGACUGUAUUAAAUGGAAAUGUUUAUGUUUAUUGAAGUGCCAUUAUGAUUUUAAUAUUCUCAUUGCUCAAAUUCCAUACUUGUCAUAUUUUUUCUGUAUGUGCUUUUUGUACUUUUCACCAUAAUGAAACUUUGUAAUUAAUAGUCAGCCAAAUAUGUGUUCUGAAUUCCAUUGGAGUUUUAUGCCUUUUUCUAUAAUAUAUUUGGUUAUAUGAUAGCAAAAUUAUUAAAUUAAUGUUAAAUAUUAUAGAUAAGUAGUAUUUAUUUUCAAUUUAAGACCAAAAAUAAAGUUGAAGAUAUUAAAUGUUCAAUUAAUAAGCCAUAGAAAUGUUUAAAAAACAAUUAUUUAGAUGUGUUUAACUGUAGGGUAAAUAUCUACCAGAAUAAACUCAUAUUUAUGCUUGAAUGAAUUAUAAACAUUAUUGAGAAAAAGUGAUUCUUUUUUUCAGUUCACUGGUAAUGUAGAUGUGGUUUGAAAUAGAUGUGUUACAAUAAAGCUUUAUGAUUUAUGUAAUUAACUAUAUAUUAGCAAUUUUCUUUUAUCUGAAUGAGAAUAUUUUGCAUAUAAUAGUGUAUAAUAAUUUUCUUGUAUCUUAACCCUUUUGGUCCUAAUGGGCACGUACAUCCCACAGAUUGUAUUUCAUGGCCUGUUGGGUAAAUAAAGCCCACUUUUAAAUGGGUUUUUAUGUUUUCAGUGUUUUUAAGAAAUUAGGGAACAAAUAGACUAAAGAAACCUGGCAACAAUUUUAAAUUGGAAAUGGCACACUUAUGUUUUUGAGCAUGCUGAUUACUUAAGUUUUGAUUUGUCUAUUCUUUUUUAUUAUUACUUUACAGUAAAUACAUUUAUAUUUUAAAGCAUGCUUAGUAUGAAGUAGUUCUUAUUAAGUAGUAAUUUAACUUUUUUAUUGUCAGAUUUAAGAAAUUUUGAAUAAAUUCUUUUUUGGGGAUAUAUUGUCCCAAUUGUAUUUAAUGAUGGGUUAAUAUGUCCCAUCAGUGAUCAAAUUAUUACAUCCUGAUAAAAAUUUUUGUUGUAUAUGAACUUGUGCAUGUGGCAGAGUUUACAUUUUGUAAUAUUCAUAUUAUAUAUUACCACAAAUUUUUGUUUUGUUUUCUGAGACAGGGUAAUAUCCUAGACGAUUGGGACAAUAGUCCCAGUUGACAAUACGAUUGGGACAUAUUGUUCCAGGAGAUUUCCAAGAAAUGGGAAACGUUAAAAACUUUAAACUCAUAUUACAAUUCUUUUAGUAUGUCAAGAUUAAAUUAAACUACUUUUCAUAGUUAAAUUUUAAUUAUGUAAAAAUCAGGUUGAAAAGGUUAAGGCAGACCGGGAAAAAAAAUUUUAAAUAUAUAAAUAUAAGAAAUUGCUUGCUUAAUGGCAUUUAACAAUUACAGGCUUAAUGGCAUUUAACAAUUAUAUGCUUAAUGGCAUAUAACUGUUAAACCAGCUCUAAUUUUUCAUUAAAAAAAGUAUAUAUUUCAAAAUAAUAGUUAAUCACUAUGUCUUUUAUUUUACUCUCAAAUAUGAGAUAUAUAUAUAUGCAUAACUAAUU